AUGGCGGACAUUCCGAACGGUGGCAGAAUUGUGCCUAUAAUCGCGGCUCCCCGUCAGCAUUACUCGAGUUCACCUGCCGAUGAGCCCGUGGACAAUCAACCUCUACCACAAUCCAAGACCUCUAAAUCGUCUAAAAGUGCGCGCAGUAGGAACGCCGAGGCCGAAUGCCUGGAGAUGCCGUGUCUCAACGAGCUAGGGCUCUAUGCUCUUCCUACCGAGGGCGACGGCAACUGUCUGUACUACGCUCUCUCCGAUCAACUAUACGGCGACUUUCUCCACGCUGACCAAAUCCGCGUUCGUCUCGCGGAUCACAUUUUGGCCAACAAGGACUACUUCAUGAGUUUCAUAGCUGCCUCCGGCGGAGAACGCAGGGCGCCACGCCGGGCAGCAGCUAGAGCAGCUAGGCAGACGUACUGUUCUUCGUCAUCCGCAAGUCCCGCGCCACCCUCAGCUUUGGACAAGGAGCGGAGCUUCGACAACAAGGUUGCUGAAUCAAGGAAAAAGGGCGUCUGGGGCGGUGCCGAAGAGAUUCAAGCAUUCUGUCAAUCUUUCAAAAGAGAUGUGGAUGUCUAUACGAUGUAUGGGAUUCAAAACUUCCGUGACGUUCAUGCGCCCAUCGAUGAGCACAGAGAGAAAGUGCACAUCGCGUUCCACGAUUUUCAUCAUUAUUCAUCGGUCCGUCAUACCAGUGGACCGCAUACAGGGCCACCUUCCAUAACACCCAUUGACAAGGAGCGUCAGAAAGAAGCUUCUUCUGCCAGCUCGACAGUGGUGGAUGUGGCCACUCCGUGGAAGAUCUCGGCUAUUCAAGAGGGUCUUGGAGGUAAAUAUGAUCGCGAGACCAUUGUGGGCAUGCUGCAACAGUGUCGUGGUAAUAUAGACAGGGCCUUCAUCAAUCUGCUCGGAGAAGACGCCAAUCAUAGCGAAGCAGAUGCGCCCACCUCAAAGGCGAUCAUGAAAUCGCGCCUCCAACCUUCAUCACGGUCUUCAUCCCCGUUCAGUACGGGCAGUAAGCGCUCUGCUGAUGAAUCAGAGGCUGAAGAGAAUCCUCAGCCUGCUGUUCGGCGCACGCGGGCUCGAGAAACGAAACGACGGAUCCUCCCCGAUGUGACGGUCGGGAUUGCCUUUAGAGAUGAACAAAAUGAUCUGGUCUCAUUGCGGCUACGGGUCAGCCCUGAUACGGUCGCCCCCAAAAAGCAGUCCCCAGGCAGCACGCCCACCGAACAAACUGAAUCUAGCUCGGUCGAGUCAGCCACUGACGGCACUGAUCGUCCGAAAAAGGACCCAAAGCUCAAGAUCAAGUUCAGAGCAGCACCUCUCCCUCCUCCAGAAACCGCUAGUCGACCGCCGGCUGAGUCGAGUGAAGAGCCCAAGGCGGCGCCGCGACGAAGCCAGCGACUGUCAAGGAGCCGCAACGCUCCCAGGGCUGGUUAA